AGCGACUUAUGUUUGAUUGCAUUUGGCUAACAAGACACACAUGCAAACCUUUGGCCAUGCACAGCUACUCCAGACCACGGUGUUCCCGGCUAUCACAGAUGGUCUCUUCUGCCAAUAUCUGCAUCUAGCUUUGACCUCGAGUUUGCUGCUUGAUCUAGAAUCAAACAACAUCUCCAAACUUCCCGCGCAUCUUCGUUCACCUGAUGACAUGGCGGGAGUGGUUCCGUCAGGAGCUCUUGAGAGCCAAGGCUUGUAUCAGAGUCUAGUGCAAGAGCACAACCGCCAUGACCCUAGAAAUCGUGGGUAAGUCGUGCUCGUCUUGUUUUCGAUCUCGGACUUUGUUCGCUGCUAACAUCGGACGCCGGCAAGACCAGUAGUUCGUUUUGUCAAGCCCUUG